CACAUUGACAAUUCAAGGAAAAUGAACCUGGGAUUCUGUUAAUAUGAAUGGUAAUAAUGAUAAAGUUGGGUUGGGAUACAAUUCUAUCUUUGCCCCACAUUGAAGGUUGGCUCUUUUGAGCUGGGGUACAUUUCUAUCCUUGCCCCACAUUGACAAUUCAUGGAAAAUGAGCCAUGGCCUCUUUUAAAUACCAGAUCUGAAAGAGGGGAAUGACAAAGAGGAAAGCCCUUCUUAGCUAUUCAGCUGGAUUCAUCUUCUCCAACAAAGAAGAUAACAGCACUUAGAUUGUCUUUCUUCUCUGUCUUAUUUCCUCGCUAUUAAGAUGGCCAAAAUUUUCUGUUCUUUAUGCUGCUGCUCUUGCUGCAGUUUACCCUCCCCUUCUCCUCCACAAUCUCUUCAACAACAACAACCAACCAUCUCUAUCUCUUCACCUCCUCACCAGCAAAGCAUUACUAAUACUGGGCAUUCCACCACCUCCUCGCCUUCACAACAUUCUCAACAAGAGCUCACUCCCACUAUGAAAGGCUUUAAGGAUUUUCUACACAAGUUCAAUGAUAUAAGCCAGAUUGAGGGUCUAAUUCCGGUUUUAGAAGAGCUAUAUAAGAUCGCUUCGGGAGAGAAGAGUGAUGAUGGAGGAUCUAAUUCUGGAGAUGCUAGAUACACGCGUGGUGUUCUCGACGAUGGCCAAAGAAUCCUGAAAAUGCUAGAUACACGAAUUGGCAAGCGUCCUGGAACGACAAAUUCUAUGGAUAGCGUAAUUACAGAGAUUGGAAAAGUUUGUACAGAAGUGCUCAAAGGAUCUGAGAAAAUUCCUAAAGUAGGAAUGGCACUUUGUAUAUUGGGAUCUGUAUUGGAGAGAUUUAGUAAGAUGUCUGACAACAAGAGUGAGUGCCUUGAAGUUUUGAGAAGGAUGCUUAAUCUUGGGAGGCAAAUUCUGCAGUUGAAUGAACAAAUUCCAGAGCAGAAACUAAAUGAGGGAAUUGAGUGCAUUGUUGUAGGAACUGUGAUGUGCAUCUCGCAACUUGCAAGAGCCAACAUUUUCAGGUUUGUUACUGCUACAGUGAAUGCCGAUAGUUUAAAGGCUUUUCAACUCAAAAUAGACCGCUUGUAUUCCGACAUCCAAUUGUCGACGACAAUUGCAAUAGGGGACAGAGUGCCAAUGAUUGGUUCCCAAUCUCAGAAAAUCUAUGCAUACCAACCCAGAGUUGGAAUUGAUAGCGGACUGAAAAGUGUAAUUCAGCGUCUUGAUUUGGAUGCACAAGAUGCAAUACCAAUUGUUGUGGUUGUCUAUGGAUUUGGUGGGAUUGGCAAGACCACACUCGCUGAUGCCGUUUAUGCCGACCUCAACCUCCAAUCUUAUAAGCAUUGCAGAAUUCAUAUGCAUCAAGAUUGUACCUACAAUGAUCUUAAAGAUAUUCAACAACAGAUUUUGAAAGGAUUGUUCAACAAGAACUUGCAAUUGAAAAACUGUGAUGAAGGUCAGGCAAGGUUGAGGUCAUUGUUCAAAGAGAAUCCUAAUCAGCCUUUAUUUCUAUACAUUGACAAUGGUCUCAAAAGCACAGAUCUUGAGCAACUUGUACCUCAAGGCUUGGGCACUUGCCUCCCACCGAAGAGUAGAAUACUUAUAAUUACUCGAAAUCUCCAUGAAACAGAUAUAUUUGCUGGCAGAAAUAUUCAACUGCGACAAUAUGACGUGAAUCCUCUUCCAGAUGUAGAGGCUAGAAAACUCUUGUUGGAGAAAGUCUCAGACUACAAUGAUGAAAAUAAUAUAGACAACCUCCUUAAGCUGUGUGGUGGUGUGCCGCUUCUACUAGAACUAGCUGGUUCACAAUUGGCUAUAAACAGGGGAAAUACAAAGAAUAUUGUAUUAGAGAUGCUUAAAGAAGGAGAGAAGGUCAAAGAGAAAGAUAUAAGCGACCGUAUGGUUGGUUUUGUAUAUGACAGAUUGUUAGAACCUGUUCAAGAGGCCUUUCUAGACAUCACAUCCUUCUUUUAUAAAUAUUGGACAAGUGAAAAUGUGGCCAGCAUAGUUGGAGAGGAGGAAUUCAGAGCUCUAGAAGCUGCAUCAUUCGUCAAGACAGAUGAAUACGGUAAUGUGAUUGUUCAUGACAUAGUUCGAGCAAGAGGGAAAAAGCUGUCAGAGCAAGAGGGAAACAGAAUCACAGACCGUGAGAGUUUAUUGGAAUGUUUGAAAAAUGAAGAGAAACUCAAAAAAUUAAAAGGCAUUUAUUUUGAUGAAGACAUUUAUUUUGAUGAAGAAGAUAAGCAGCCUCCAAUCGAAAUUAAUUGCCAUCAUCUUAAUUGUAUGAGUAAUUCUUUAAAAGUGCUAAGUUAUGGAGGGUCGCGAAUAACAUUCAGGGAGAAAAGUCAUAAACCAUUUGAACAACUCAGAUGCCUUGUAUUUGAUGGUGAUGUUCCUGAUUUACCAAUGGAGUUCGAGAAACUUGAGCGUCUCACCUACUACGAUGGCCCAUUGACGCAAGGCAUGAGUUUGUAUGAGUUUCCUCCAAGCCUGCGCAUAUUUAUCAUUUCAUUAGAUUAUAUAAUAACAUUGAGGAUUAUUCCGAGAAGAGAGUUGAAUAUUCUAAAAUUCCUCCCAAAGUCACUCCAGCUUCUUCGCUUGUAACAUUAGGCUUAGCUGGUUUCAUAAAUAUGCAAAGAUUGCCCGAUGGAGUGGAAAAGCUAACAAAGUUAGAAGACUUGAGAUUAUGGUAUUGGCAUCAGCUAAAGGAACUUCCUUCCAAAUUGGGAGAUCUCAGCAAUCUAAAUUGGUUGACACUAUGGAAAUGCUAUGAAUUGAAAGAGUUGCCUUCAAACUUUGGGCAACUUAGCAAUUUGAAAACUUUGCAAAUAUGGCAUUGUCGUGCAUUAAGUGCAUUACCUUCAAACUUUGGCCAGCUCAAAAAUUUAGAAAAGUUAGUAUUGGGGUAUUGUUCUGGGUUAAAAGAGUUGCCUUCAGAUUUUGGUCAACUCAAAAAUUUGAAAUGGUUAAAUUUGAGUGGUUGUUCUGGGUUGGAAAAAUUACCAUUAAGCUUUGGGGAUCUAACAGAGAUGAAGGAGAUAAAUUUGGAAGGUUGUUCCUUAAAAUUAAAAGAUUCCUUGCCCAAUAAUCUUAAAGGUGUAGAGACAGUUUGAAGAAUGUAAUUAAAUGUUACUUUGAGAGGGCUUUCAUUAUUUAUAAUAUUUCAAACAUAAAGGUUUGUGAUUUUC